AUGCCCACGGCUCUUCCUCUCAUCACACGAUUCCUGCUGCCACGCACCCCUGCUGCUGCCUCCAGGAUGCGGCAGCAUGGGCAGCACGGCUGGAUCCCCUCUGUGCUGCACAUGCUGCUGCGCAUCGCACUUGAGCCCCUCCUUAACCACGCCGCUCUCUCCCACCACACCCCCUCACUCCCACUCAACCCUCAAUCUCUAGCUGCUGCAAUCUCACCCGAAGCCUUAGUUGGUGCAUCCAUUGGGGCGGUGGAGUUUGAGUCAGCAUUCAGCAGGGCAUCCAAUGCACAUCCCAUGUGCUUCCAUCGCCUUGUGCUGCCAGGCUACCUCAAGGCCAUCACCUUCCCAGGGGGCAUGGAGCAGGCCGACAUGUUCAAGAGUCGCCUCAAGGAGGCCUUCCCCCACCCCGACCCUGACCCCUUCCGCACUCUGGCGUCGCCAGACAAUGCAUCUAUAGGAGAUGCGUCUGCUGGGAGUAGUUCAGCUGAUAGUGUCACUGUUCGUCUGCUGUACAUCACGCGCAAUGCAUCGCUCACACGCGGCCGCCGCGUGAUGAGUGCUGAAAGCUCCGGCGCCCUCCUCAAGCUGUUUCACCAGCUGAAGUUCCAGGUAGCUCAAGUGGAGUUCACGCCCCUCACCUUUGCCCACCAGCUGGCCCUGGUGCAGGCGGCAGACAUCAUCGUCUCGCUGCACGGCGCAGGCCUCACCAACCCCGCCUCCUUUGCUCGCUCCGACUCUGUUCUCUUGGAAAUCUCCCCCUAUGGAGUCUUCUACAAUCUUUACUAUUUCAUGGCGGUGAAUGCCGGGGUGACCUACAUGCUGCACCAGUGCACAGCCGGACCUGCUCCCAUGCCUGCCAAAGAUGCGGAAUUUCGAGGCGUUGGCCCGUUUUCCUACGUCACAAUCGAGGCGCCGCCGUCCAUGUACCCCGCUAAGAAGUACUGCGAUAUAACGGGGCUGGAAGCGCCCUACACGGACCCGCACAGCAAGCUGCGCUACGCCAACCCCGCCGCCUUCGCCAUCGCGCGCUCGCUACCCCACCCGCACGCGCAGGCCUUCCUCGCUCUCCGAGGCGCGCACACCAUCCCACAACCUCCACCUUGCCAUGGCACUGUCACUGCAGCACCACCCUCUCUUGCCAUCAGCAGCACCAUGGCCAUUGGCAGCAGCAGCAACGCCUCCACUAUCCACAGCAUUGCCGGCACACGCACCACUGUCACACCCUUCAAGCCAGCCCACGCCUCUUGCGGGAAUGCGCUCUUCAGCCUCUCUCCGCUGGUCCCUUACAGGCAGACUCAUCCGCUCUCUGAGUCUCUCAGACCCUCUCCCUGCCACAGCCUCGCAUCUCCCUGCUGCCGCUACACUGCUGCGCGCUCUGCCAGUGCCAGGCGUAGCAUUGCUGCUCAGGCGGGUGGUGUUGCUACAAGCGGAGGGGACAGAGCAGGUGGAGUGACUAUAACAGAUGUGACAGAGUUAGGUGUGGGGGGGAUGGAGGGGGAAGGGAGGAGCGUGGGUAAGGGAUCUGGUGGGGACAGGGAUGGGAGUGAAGGAGGGGUGGGGAUGGGUUCAGGUGAGAACAGGGUUGGGAGUGGAAGUGCGGUGGGAAUGGAUUCAGACAUUCCCAAGGUUGUAUGGGAGCUCGAGAAGGAGACAAAAGAGCUGCUGGAGUGGCCAAUCGUGUGCCGCCAGGUGGCGGAUUGUGCACCGUUGAUUCGAGAUCUGACGGACAGGAUUGUUGCGCUGGACCUGGCAUGUGCCCGCGCAAGGCAUGCCCUGUGGAUGGGUGCCUCCGCUCCUGUCCUCCUCCCCCCCACACACCCUCUCUCCCAUGCGCAUGGGGAUGCAGCUUCAGCAGUAGAUUCCCCUGGAGACAGUGGCUUGGGGAGACAUGCCCUUGUAGGGAGAGAAUGUGACAGAAUCGAAUCUUAUACGGUUGAGAUUCGCGGGAUACAGCACCCAGUGCUGCUGGAGAUGUAUCUUGAUGCCGUCAGUGCUGCUCAGAGCAGGGCGGGUAAAAGUAGUACAGGUGCAGCAGACACCAAUGCAGUAGCAGCAACAGGAGGAGGAGGAGCAGAAGCAGCAGCAGCAGCAGCAGCAGCACAAUUACCCCAGCCGACUCCCCCAGUGCCCAUAGACCUGCUGGUGCCAUCUGGCGUGGCAGUGGUGGUCAUCUCCGGCCCCAAUGCAGGCGGCAAGACCGCCGCCCUCAAGACCCUCGGGAUUGCCGCGCUCAUGGCCAAGGCGGGGCUCUUCCUGCCCCUCGCAGGGGACGUGGGGGGACAGGGAGGAGGAGAAGAGCAGGCCGGGGCGGCGGAGAGUGGGGGAGAGAGGGGAGGAGAGACAGAGGCAGAAGGAACGGGAGAGAGCAGAGGGGGUGGGGCGAGGGGGCGGGUGGCGGUGGUGCGGUGGUUUGACCGCGUGGUGGCGGACAUUGGAGACGAGCAGUCGCUGGAGCAGAGCCUCUCCACCUUCAGCGCCCACAUGCGCCAAGUCUCCCGCAUCCUCCUCGCCUCCUCCCCCCACUCGCCCUCCUCCCCUUCCCCUCCCUCCUCUUCCUCUGCACCUUCCUCUCCCACCUCUCCCUCCUCUCCCUCCUCCUCUCCGUCUCCUGCUUUUUCCUCCCCCUCCUCCUCCUCCUCCUCCUCCUCCUCCUCCUCCCCCUCCUCCCCCUCCCUCUCCCCCGCCACCUCCGCCACGCUAGUGCUCCUGGACGAGGCGGGCAGUGGCACGGACCCCUCAGAGGGAGCAGCGCUGGCAGCGGCCAUUCUGAAGCACCUGGCGGGGUGCAACGGGCUCACCCUCGCCACCACUCACUACGCUGACCUCAAGAAGCUCAAGGAAGCUUCCCUUGCUGGUGUGCCGGAGCGGGCGGCUACGGACCAGGCCUGUGCUGAGGUGGCAGCGUUGGCGGCUUUGGCGGGCCUCUCUCCCGAAGCUGAUUCUGCUUUGGUUUCAGAUGCUUCAGUUGGUUCCUCGGGGGGUGAUUCGGGAGGGGCGGACUGGGUUCCUGCUCUGGGAGAGCCUGUGUAUGUGAGGAGGUUCGGCAUUAGUAUGCGUGGUACGGUGGUGGCAGUGGGCGGUGGUUCGGGAGAAGGCUCAGGAGAAACAGCAGCUGCACGGUCUGUGACAGUUCAACUGGGGAAUCUGCGAUUGCAAGUGCAGAGAGAAGACCUGCUGCCUGCUACCGAUGGCAGUGGUGGUGGUGGGCAGAGCAGCACAGAUGGGGAGGCAGGAAGGAGAGGAGGCACAGGAGGGUCAUUUGGCAGCAGAUGGGAGCAAGAUGACGACAGUAACAAUAACAGCAACACCAAUAGUUCCAGGAGAUUGAAGCGCGGUGGUCAGUUUCCCUCCCCGUCCUCCGCCUCUUCCACUCCUCUGCCAGCAGUGAGAGAGGCAGCAGUGCAGACAGCGCGAAACACAGUGGAUGUGAGAGGGCGGAGUGCAGAGGAUGCAUUAGCAGCGGUGGACCUAGCAGUGCAGUCCAGCCCGCCUGGUGCUGUGCUCUUCAUUGUGCAUGGGCUUGGAACUGGCGUGCUUCGGGCAGCUGUGCUGAAAUAUCUCUCGGGCAGCCCGCUGGUUUCGCGGCACGAGGCGGAGAGCAGGUUGAAUAUUGGGUGUACUAUAGCAUAUAUUGGGUAA